UAUGGCAGCACUUUGAUUCUCUAUUAUUUGGCAAUACAAAAAAAGUUGAUUAUUUUAAUAAAAAAGGAAUAUAUUGUACGAAAAAAUCAAUAAGGAUUCAUAAAUUCUCCAAAGGAAAUUCAAACAAUAGCGUCAUUAUGAGCACUAUUAGCCAUAAAAAUUUACAAGAGCUAUGUCGUGCCUGUCUAAGAACCCUAAAACAUAAUAAUCUAAAUACAAACGAAAGCAAUAAUGUUGCUGGCGAAGGUGGUGAAUGUGAUGCUGGGCCAUCUAGUUUAAAUAGUCUAUUAUUACCAAAUUUAUGUAAAUUGUUUAUGUUUCUAACCACCUAUGAUGUGAAUAAGGAAUAUGAUGACUUUCCCAAACGAUUAUGUGAGUGGUGUUAUGGUCGUCUUUUGGAUUAUGAUGAAUUCCGUAAGUUGGCUGUAAGAAGUACAGAAAUGUUAUAUGAACAAUGGAAUGCUAGCAGAAAGGAAGAAGAAACAUUAAAUGAAGACAAUGUAAAUGCAAAACCAUGUAAUCAACUACUCCAAAGUAUUAAGCAUGAGGAGGAAAAUGUUGAGGAGAAUGAUGAUGAUAAAUUGCUUUUACCCGAAUUGGCCAAUAUGCCUUUGUAUAUUAAACCUGAACCAACUUUUGAGGCCAUGGAUACCCAGUUUAUUCUACCAUCGUACAUUGAGGAAGGUGAAGUUGUUAAUAGAGAUCAAAUGUCAUAUGAGUCUUAUGAUACAGAAGAAGAUGCUGACGAUGAAGAGUUACUGUUACCAAAUGGAGCUGCUAAUAACUCCAGUCCUUCAAUUAACAGUUCUGAUGGCAAGGUGGUACUCUCUAAAAGAGAUCGCGACAGAAAGUCGUUACAUUGUAAUGAUUGUAAUAAACAGUUCUAUAAGCAAGUUUAUUUGGAUGCACAUGUACGCGGAACGCACUUGGGUCAGGAGAAACCAUUUCAAUGUUCAAAUUGUACCAAAGCAUUUACACGUUACAAUCAAUUAUUUCUGCACAUUAAAUCCAAGCAUAUUGAAAUGCUUUUCCGCUGUGAUUAUGAAAACUGUGAUGCCUCUUUUACAGUUGCCGUCAAAUUGAAGAUGCAUCGUCAAAUUGCACAUAAUUCUUCCGAAGAACUUAAUACUCAAGACUACCAAGAAGAGGACGAAGCUGAAGCGGAACCGCAAUUAUUGGAACUGGAAGUGGAUCAUAUUUGUUAUUUGUGUCGACGAAAAUAUAGUUCUAAACGUGCGCUCAGAGAACAUAUCAAGAGGCACAAAAAGAUUAAAGAACACGUUUGCCAAGAGUGUGGAGUGGCUAAAGUUACACGAACCGAGUUAGUGACCCAUAUGCGUACACAUACACCCAACUUGGAGAAAUUUCCCUGUCCUCAGUGUCCUCAAGUAUUCAAUCAUAAAAAUGCAAUUUCACGUCAUGUCAAAGUAAUCCACGAAGGUCUCAGGCGCUUUCCCUGCAAGUAUUGCCCCAAACGUUUUGGUACACGUAAUUCUCAGGUGUGUCAUGAACGUUUACAUACUGGCGAACGACCAUUCAUUUGUGAAAUCUGUCAAAGGGGUUUUGUUCAACCGGAGGGUCUUAGGUCUCAUAUGAAAAAUCAUGAUAAAAAUUUACGCAAACAUGUCUGUAAAUAUUGUUCACAACGUUUUAUAACAUUGAAGAAUUUAGUGGAUCAUGAACGGCGUCAUUCGAGCGAUAAACCUCAUAUUUGUAAUAUAUGCAGCAAAGGUUUUUAUAGUGAAACAGAUUUAAAAAAUCAUCGCAGCACACACUUAGAAGCUGAACUCGGCUCAGAUCAACAAGACGAAAUUGCUGUUCAAAACGAAUCAGAAACAUUUUUUGUUAAGUUCGAUUCAAUUGGCUUCAUUAGAUUCAACACAAUGUUGCCCGUCACACGUGCAAAUUUGGACCAUAUUUGUUGCAUCUGCCUCCUGGACGUCAGGCCAUCAAUGUUUACUCAAAAAGUAUACGAUGUCAAAGAAGAAAAGAACAUGUCCAAAAUACUUAAACUGACGGCACACAUUACCAUUUUGAAAAAUCCCAUAAAUCAAAAGUACAUUAAUGACUACUGUCGUAAAGUGUGUGAAAUAUGUUUUCUUAAGACGCAAUAUUCCCACUUUUUUCGGGAAAAAAUUAUGGCAUCUACAGCAGCGGUAAAGGAGUUGCUGGAAGGAACCGAGUUAAAUGAUCAGGACAUCGAAAGGUUGCAGUAUUUUUGUCGUAUUUGCUUAAAUCGACAAAAAACAAAAAGUAAUGCAAAAUGUUUAAAUAUGCAACAUCUAAAGUGGAUAAAGGACUGCAGUGGCAUACGUUUCACAUCGUUAAUAGAAAUGGAAAAAUUUCGAAUAAAGGAGGGCACAAAUAUCAAUGAAAUAGCCGAGAUCAAUGAUACAGAAUUUCCUCAUCAAUUAUGUGCAAAUUGUUUAAAGAAAUUAAAAAAUGUUGAAGAAUUUCGUAAAUCGGCCACACAGUCAUUUGAGUAUAUGAUCUCAGUUAUGGGCGAUACAACUGGCCCAGAUGAGGACUUAAUUAUACAAGGAAUUAAGCAAUUCCGAGAGAAUAUAAUAAGAAAGGAAGUGCCGCAAGCCCAGACGGUUACAGUUAAUGAAAUGAAUACCAAACAAGAUUCUGCAAUUCUGAAAAUUGACGAUAUCAAAAAUGAACAACAAGAGAGCUUUUGCACAGAUGUUUUACAAAUCCAGAUACAAGAUGUUGAUACUCUUGGUGAUUCAAAAGAUUUUUCUACUACCUUACAGUUGAAGGAGGAUGAUGCGUUUGAAGAUGUUAUGGACUUUACAGGAGAUUUACCACACUACUCUGAUGCUGGUGACGAUGAUGCCGACUUUACUUUAGAUUUUGGUGUAAAUGAUGCUUCUUCUGAAGAUUACAGUGAAAAUGAUGAUAAUACAUUUUUCCGAAACACUCGAGCUAAUAUUUCAAAACAAUAUCAUAAAGAUAAUGAAAACAAAUUGUCUAACAAAAAAGAAGAAACUAUCGAAAAUGAAGAAGAUUCAACGAAGCCAAAACGUAAAAAAGGAAAACAAUCAGAAAGUCAGGAAAACUUAUUCUCUAAUAUUCUGAAACGUACAAGAAAAGCUAAACAACCAAAGGAAACUGAAACAGCUCAGCAUCAAGAUAAUAUUGAAAAUGAAGAAAGUUUAACAAAACCAAAACGUCUAAGAAAAGUAAAAAAAUCGGAAGAUAUUAAAAAUGAAAGUUCGGCAAAACCAAAACGCCUUAAAAAGGGCAAACAAUUAUCCGAAGAUAACCAAGACUUAAUCUCCAAUAAUGUGAAGCGUACAAGAAAACCGAAACAACCCAAGGACAUCGAAGACAUAACAUCAAAGAAUAACAAUAUGAAAUCCGCUGAUGGUGACGAUGAAAAAAAGGAAAAACUUGAAUGCGUAGAAUGUUCAAAGGUAUUUAUUUCUGCCUAUACCUAUAAAAGGCACUUAAAAUGGGUACAUUCUCCACAAUCGAGUCAUAAAACAUUUACAUGUGAGUUAUGUUUAAAAGUAUUUCGACGUAAAGACCAUUUAAAAGAUCAUAUAAAAACUGUACAUGAAAAAGUUAGGGCCUUUAAAUGUUCACACUGUGAGAAAACGUUUGCCACGAAUGGUUCCAAAAAGGUCCAUGAACUUACACAUACGAAUGAGUAUCCUUUCGCAUGCGAAUGGUGUGGAAAACGUUUUCGUCAAACAUGUCGUUUAAAGGUUCACUUAGAGAUGCAUACAACCCAACCGGAACUUUUAUGUCCGAUCUGCAAAAGAUGCCAGAAGUCUCCGCAAGAUUUGGAAGAACAUAUAAAAAGUCACGAUGAUAAACGUUUACAGUGUAUUUCAUGCGGAAAACUAUUUAAAAGAGGUUCACAUCUUAAAGAUCACUACAAUGCUGUUCAUUUGAAAUUAAGGCCCUUUAAAUGUGAAUUUUGUGACUUGGCGUUUGGUGAUAGAAAAACACGACGAGUUCACGAAAGAAGUCAUACAGAGGAGCGGCUACUAACAUGCAGCGUUUGUAAGCUCGGUUUCAAAGCAUUAUCUACCUAUAACAAACACAAAAAAGAGACUGGUCACGCAUCAGAAGAAUUUCCGAAAAAAACAAAAACAUCUAAGAAGAAUCCAGUUCAGUUAUUGAGCAUCAUGCAAUAUCCCGGAAAAUUUAAUAGUAUUUUUGAACUUUAAGAAUUUAAUUUAACAUUGAUUGUACUUCUACAUUAAUUGUAAAAAAGUAUUUAAAAUAAACAUUCCAUUCUUUUAAUUAAUUUGAAAUAAGUUUUAUAAUUCUAUAAUUAAUAUUUUUUUAAACCAUGUGUUAUUUAUUUACAAGUAAUGAUUUGUCCCGAUAUAGAUUCAACAUUUUUUGUAUACAAUAGUAGUGAUGUUGAUUUUAUGUAUUAUAUCUACUAUGUAGUAUAUUAAUGUAUACAUGAAAGCUUUUAAAUUCGUUUCUCAAGAUAUAUAAUAUACAAAAUCAAUAAUUCUCAUUCUA